UUGUUGAAACACACAUUUCAUUACUGGGUACCUAAAAAAUCCUCUCUUGCAAAAACCCGUACCACUUAAACCCUGAAAUCAAUUUCUAGUGUUUCAAUUUUGCUACUUUUGCUAACUCGAUAUGAGCUCGACAAUCCCAACUCAUUUGAAAUUCAAACCCCCAAAUCCAGUUUGCUCAGUUUUUACAAGACCCUCAGUGUAUUGUUUUCGUUUUCAAGGAAGGAAUCCCAUGCUAUUUUGCUCUAGAUUUUCUGUGCUAACAAGGGCUUGCAGCGAUGGUGGUAAAGCUGAGAUUUUUUCUCCCAAAAAGGUGUCUUCAGCUUCUGAUGAUGAGACAUUGAGAAACAGCUCAUCUAGUUCCAGUGAUGGUUACAUUGCGUUGUUUAUUCGCAUGCUUGGGUUGGACAACGAUCCGUUGGAUAGAGAGCAGGCUGUGGAAGCUCUCUGGAAAUACUCACUUGGCGGAAAACAAUGCGUUGAUAACAUCAUGAAAUAUCCGGGAACUGUCAACCUUGUUGUAAACCUUCUAAAGUCGGACUCAGAUUCUGCGUGUGAAUCGGCUGCUGGUCUUCUAAGGGUUAUAUCAUCGACCAAUCUUUAUAGAGACGUAGUAGCUGAGAGUGCUGCGAUAGAAGAGAUGACUGUCCUGUUGACACGUCCUUCCUUAUGUUCGAAUGUUAAGGAGCAGACGAUGUGUACUCUGUGGAACUUGUCCGUAGAUAAGGAGGUCAGUGCACGAAUGACUAGCUCGGAGAUCCUUCCUCUACUUGUCAAGUACUUGGAGGAUGAAGAUGUUAAAGUCAAGGAGACUGCUGGUGGAGUUUUGGCGAAUUUAGCAUUGACGCAAUCAAAUCAUAAACUACUUGUUGAAGCUGGAGUUAUUCCGAAAUUGGCAAAGCUGUUGACAGCUGACGAGGAAGAAUCAAAAGUGGUUCGGAAGGUGGCAAGAAAUGCAUUGCUAGAACUUGUUAAAGACGAGUAUUAUAAAAUACUUGUCAUGGAGGAAGGUCUAGUUCCGGUGCCCUUGGUAGGUGCAGCAGCAUACAAGUCUUUUAGGCCAGCUUUAUAUUCAUGGCCUUCGUUACCCGAUGGUACAACGAUUGAACAGGGCUCCAAAAGUCCUUCUAGAUAUGGUGCUUCAGAGCUGCUACUUGGAUUAAGUAUCGAAGAGAAGAAUUCCAACUUAGAGGAGGCAAAGAUGAAAGCAGUUGUUGGACGAACGCAGCAACAGUUUCUUGCUCGUAUAGGAGCAAUUGAAAUUGAGGAUGAUGGUAAAUCUGACGUUGAAUCUUCGUCCAGUCAUAGAGUCACACUUUUACCAUGGGUGGAUGCCGUUGCACGCUUGGUUUUAAUUCUCGGACUUGAAGAUGAGUCUGCUAUUGCCAAAGCUGCAGAGUCGAUUGCUGAUGCAUCUAUCAAUGAGCAUAUGCGUGUCUCAUUUAGAGAAGCUGGUGCAAUCAAGCAUCUUGUUCAGCUGAUUAACCAUCCUCGUGACGAUGUCAGAAUGGCUGUAAUCCGAGCUUUGGACCGGCUGUCUAUCAGCAAUUAUGUGUGUCGGACUAUCCAAGCAGAAGGCGUUUUGCAUCCUCUCAUUAAUUUGCUAAAGCAGCAGUCUAGAUCAGAUAUCUCCCAUAGCUCAACUUCAACGAUUCUCAAUAUCCUCACUCGGAUUCUAGACCCUAACAAAGAGCUGAAAUCGAAGUUAUAUGAUGGACCAGUAAAUGGAUUGAACAAGGGAUUGCAUUCGACUAAAACCACAGCAUCAGUAAACUCUCAAGAUACGAUCUCAGCAGAACCGACUUUCAGCACGGAGAGCGUUGGUGUGGGAGAGCUGGUCGAUUCUGGCUUGCUGUCUUGCCUCGUCGACAUCUUGAAGACACCAAUCCCUGAUCUGCAGAGAAAAGCUGCUUCCAUCCUCGAGUUCGUUGUGGUGAUCGAGGAGCCUAGUGUAGAAAAGCUACCGUUGUCGGGUAUUGUAUCUGGCCUAGAAGCCGUUUUUCGCCAGAAAUCUUUAACAGAGGAGGAGAAUGGAAGCGAAGUGCACAUCCUGGAGGUGGAAGAAGCCGGUCUAGCAGUAUCUGCAGCGUCACGUCUGCUCACAAGAUUGCUCGACUAUGAACAGUUUUGCCAAUCUCUGAAUUCGGAUAGUUUCACAAAGCUGCUUCGUUCAAUCCUCAUAUUGAGUAUCCCCCUCCAAUACAAAGAAUGGGUUGCUGCCUGCCUCGUAAAACUGAGCUCUAUACAUCCAGACCCCAUUAACGUAGAAGUGACGACACUGCACGAGAGGAUCCCGAGGCUGAUAGAAGAGAUGGAGAGCUCCUUUUCCCCUCAAGUACAGGAAAGCGCGGUGAUGGAGCUGAACCGGAUAAUAUCUCAAGGGACGGUGGAUUCCAGCAGAGCCGUUGCUCGUGGCGGAGGAAUAUUCGUGGUGGUGAAGCUGAUGGAGACGGGGAGCGAGGAGGCGGUGGAGGCCUGCUUAGCCAUACUGUACAACUUGAGCAUGGAUGCAGAGAACCAUGCCGCGAUUGUAGCAGCCGGAGCAGUUCCAGUCUUGAGGAGGCUCGUGCUCUCGGAUAGACCGCAGUGGAUGCGUGCGCUUCGCUUGCUUCGAACUCUGCCCACAUUAUAUGAUUAGCUUCUUAGUUAGUAGUUAGUUAGUUAGUUACACAUGUUUUUACUUUACUUAUCAUUUUGAUACAUAGGUUGUUGAGUUGUGGUUGGAGAUAUUUGGAUGUGAGUGGGGUCCAUAUACAUUCCUUGUGAUUUUUUAUCAAAUAAUCCAAAAUUUUAUCUCAA